AUGGUAGCUUACAUCAGCUAUCAACGUUGUCAAAAUGCAAAAUGACAUAUUUAAAUUGUUACUUAAAAUUGCCAUUUUUGGUAGUUCGGAUAAACAAUUUCAAUUAAAAGAUAUUUCCUAGAUGCCUUUUUUAACGUUUAAACAAAUUGGCCUUGUCAAAAGCGACAGCCACUUGACAUGGAAGUGGUUUGGAGGAACUUGAGAUUUAAAUACGUUCUCAUAUGUAUUUUUGUUACUUUUAUUGUCUCAUGCUUGAUAAGCAUGUCUCCAAUAAGUAAUGAUGACCGGAAAUACGAUCUUGGUACGUCAUCGCGAGAUCGAAGUGAUGUAAAAUCGUCGAUUAAUGCUUUGAGGAUUAGAAGAAAGUCAAAGCAUCGACUAGCCAUACUCGUGCCAUUUAGAGAUCGCUUUGAAGAACUUUUAAAAUUCGCUCCUCACAUGCGAAAGUUUUUAGAUAAACAGUAUUUAGAUUAUCACAUAUUUAUUUUGAAUCAGGUAGACAAAUUUAGAUUUAAUAGAGCGUCUCUGAUAAAUGUAGGAUUUUUAGAAGUAAAAAACGACUACGAUUAUGUAGCAAUGCAUGAUGUUGAUUUAUUGCCAACGAACGAUGAGUUGUCAUACUCUUUUCCCGACAAGGGUCCUUUUCACGUAUCGUCGCCUGAAUUGCACCCACGGUACCAUUACCCAACUUUUGUUGGGGGCAUAUUACUUGUUAAAAGAGAACAUUUUAUGAAAGUGGACGGCAUGUCAAAUAAGUACUGGGGUUGGGGUUUGGAAGACGAUGAAUUUUACGUAAGACUUAAGGAAGCUGGACUCAAUAUUACUCGCCCGCAGAAUAUUUCAACUGGAACUCAUAACAGUUUUAAGCACAUACAUGACAGAAACCACCGCAAAAGAGACAUGACCAAGUGCUAUAAUCAGCGUGAGGUUACUAGAAAACGGGAUCGCCAGACGGGUUUACACAACGUUUCUUACAAGUUAGAAGAUACGAUAGAAAUGAAGAUAUCAGAUACUUCUGUCACAGUACUCAAUAUUGCUCUAAUAUGUGAUAAGUCGAUUACUCCAUGGUGCGAGUGUAACAAAAUGGACACUUCGAAAGAUGCAAAAGCGAAGGAAAAGAAAAAAGAUCAGAAAUAGAAGCGCCACGUAGCUGAUAAAAUUGAUUGCAUCAAAAGAUAUUUCUAAUUCGACGAGAUUUUAAAUCGAACUGCCUUGU